AUCAUUGGGCUCUCUUUCUAUCUAAAGGAAGGAAAAAAGAAAUUGGCUUUCAAUUUUAUUUUAUUUAUAAGUGCUUUUGAGGGUAGAAUUACGUGGAACAGAAACAAAAAGCAAUCUCUUGGUUUUUUGUUCAUUCAAAGAUUUGGGUAUCUGGGGUUUUUUCAAAGUAAUAAAAAAAGGGGUCUUUGAGGUUUUUGUACAGUUCUUUAAAGGAAAACCAGAAAAGAAAUAAAGAAAGAAAACGAAGAGAAGGGAAGGUUUCAAGGAAAUGGUUUUCAUGUGUGAGACUUUCUUCACUGAAGAAAAGUUGGAAGAAGGAGAGUGGGAGAAGGAGAGAUAAUAGAAAUAAAAACAUUUAAUUUGCCUUAAAAAGCCAUAGUAGAAGUAGAAAGGGAGAAUUUUGAAUAAGAAAAAGAACCCAAAGUUUUGUUUCAUCUUCUUCUCUGCUGGGCAAUUGACAAUGUCUGCUGCAAUAAUCAGUGAUCCAAUGGUGGUAUCAGCAGCAGGACCAGAAGCUCAAGCACCGUCAGCAAAACUUGUUGCACAAAGUGAAGUUGAGUUUGCCAAAUGUGAUUGCUGUGGACUGACCGAGGAGUGUACCCCAGGAUAUAUUGAAAGGGUACGCGAAAGAUACCAAGGUAAAUGGAUAUGUGGUCUUUGUGCUGAAGCUGUCAAAUAUGAGAUUGUAAGGACAAAAAGGCUUAUUAGUACGGAGGAAGCAAUGGCAAGGCACAUGAAUUUUUGCCAAAAAUUUGUUUCCUCCGGACCGCCUCCUGAUCCUACAGUUCAUUUGAUAUCUGCUAUGAGAAGUAUUCUUAGAAGGAGUUUGGAUUCUCCAAGAGGUUUAAGAUCAACCCCAGCUAGUCCUACCAGAAAGGUUGGUGAAAUUCGGGGUCCAGGGCUUACUCGGUCUGAAAGUUGUUUCCCUACCCUUUCUGGUUGAUAGAGGUAUCUGUAAGAGACAAUGGAAAGGUAAUAAAGAGAAUGGAAAUGAACGUUGAUGUGCUGCAAACAAAGAGAAAGGGCUUAUGUUUGGCCAGAUAUGUAUGUUUCUGGCAGUUGAAAGAGUUGGAUUCAAGUUCCUCUUUUUUUAUAAGUCUGUCAUUGAUUAAAAAAAAAAAAAAGAGAGUCAAAAGCAAAAGAAAUUGAUGUUUAAGUUUAGACUUAGAAGCUUAUGUAGAUUUUAAUAUCAAAUAUAGAACUCCUCUGUCGUUAGAAAUAAUUACAGUUCUCUUUUCCACUCUUUGAAUCUGCUUGUUGAUACCAUAACAACAAACUUUACAUUAUGUUUAGGACAAGUUUUUUA